AUGUUAUUAGUGGCUGUUAGUAGUCCUUCUGGAGAUGUCAGAGAAAUCAGAGAUUGUCACCAAAUCUUCAUUCUCUUUAACACACUCACUAUUUCUGAAGGAGCCUUUUGGAUUUUGUCGCAGAAAUCGUACCAUAUUUGUCAUCAUGUCAUCCAAACUGCUAUUCGCAGAUCUUGGUUUGCUGCAACAUACUCAGCAUGGGCUUUAAUGCGUUCAAAGUCAUUGCCUACCCGGCAUUGCCAACGACCUCUUCGAUUUCCAGUCAUUGAAGCUUCCAAAGUCGACGAACAGAGUUUUCUGUUGGGAGCUGUGGAUAGCUCACAAAGGUGGUGGUCAGAGUCCAAGGCGAGUUCGUCAUGGAUUUUCAUCUGCAUAUCAUGGAAUUGCUCCUCUUGCAACAAGAGGAAAUUGAUAAUACUUUUGAAGACCCUGCCAGAUGUAUGGACUCUAUCGUAUGUUGGGAUGUCAAAGGCCAACUCUGAAUUCCACAAUGUUAAAUCCUUACUACUAAUCCAGUUUGUCAUAAUUUCACUUCGUGGUCCUCCUCAAGUGUCCCCAGUUGUGUGA